AUGAUCGAUGGCUGGCUCUUGACAGUUGACACGACUGGACUGUGGUCGCUAGCAUCGGCCGAACCUUUUUCAGUGCCCUCGGAUGGAUUUGCAGAUAUGACAGUCGCGCACACAUACUCGGGGCUUUUCUGCGUGGUGGUGAACCCGUACAAGAAGCUACCCAUCUACACGGAGAAGAUCAUGGAGAGGUACAAGGGCAUCAAGCGGCAUGAAGUUCCUCCACACGUCUUCGCCAUCACAGACACAGCGUACCGCUCAAUGCUGCAAGAUCGGGAAGACCAGUCCAUUCUGUGUACUGGUGAAUCGGGCGCUGGCAAGACAGAGAACACGAAGAAAGUCAUUCAGUACCUGGCUUACGUCGCCGCGUCGAAGCCUAAAGGCUCAGGAGCGGGGCCGUCGCCACAGUUGAUCAUAGGCGAAUUGGAACAACAGUUGCUGCAGGCCAAUCCUAUUUUAGAAGCCUUCGGUAACGCUAAAACUGUUAAAAACGACAACUCAUCGAGAUUCGGUAAAUUCAUAAGGAUAAAUUUCGACGCAUCAGGCUUCAUAGCCGGCGCAAACAUCGAAACUUAUUUAUUAGAGAAAUCAAGAGCCAUUAGACAAGCGAAAGACGAAAGGACAUUCCACAUAUUCUACCAGCUACUGGCUGGCGCGACGCCGCAGCAGAAGGCGGAGUACAUUCUAGAAGAUCCAAAGAGCUAUCCGUUCUUAACAAAUGGCUCGUUGCCGGUACCUGGUAUCGAUGAUGCCGCAGAGUUUCAGGCAACCAUCAAGUCCAUGAACAUCAUGGGCAUGAACAUGGAAGACUUCAAUUCUAUCUUCAGGAUAGUUUCAGCGGUUCUACUAUUCGGUUCGAUGCAGUUCAAGCAGGAGAGGAAUUCGGAUCAGGCGACGUUACCUGAUAACACAGUAGCUCAGAAGAUCGCACAUUUGUUAGGUCUUUCAGUAACAGAAAUGACGAAAGCAUUGAUCAAACCGAGAAUAAAAGUAGGUCGCGACUUUGUUACCAAAGCCCAAACUAAGGAACAAGUAGAAUUCUCCGUAGAAGCUAUCGGGAAAGCAUGCUAUGAGCGCUUAUUUAGAUGGCUCGUAAACAGAAUCAACCGCUCUCUCGACAGGACUAAGAGGCAAGGGGCCUCCUUUAUCGGUAUCCUCGAUAUGGCUGGAUUCGAAAUCUUCGACUUGAAUUCCUUCGAACAGCUUUGCAUCAAUUACACAAAUGAAAAGUUGCAACAGCUGUUCAACCACACCAUGUUCAUUCUCGAGCAGGAAGAAUACCAGCGGGAAGGCAUCGAAUGGAAAUUCAUCGACUUCGGCUUGGACCUGCAGCCCACUAUCGACCUUAUCGACAAACCUAUGGGAAUCAUGGCACUCUUGGAUGAAGAGUGCUGGUUCCCCAAAGCAACGGAUAAGACGUUCGUAGAAAAGCUAGUCUCGGCUCAUUCAGUCCAUCCUAAGUUCAUGAAGACAGAUUUCCGCGGCAUCGCCGACUUUGCGAUCAUACAUUACGCUGGUAAAGUGGACUAUUCAGCAGAGAAGUGGUUGAUGAAGAACAUGGACCCUCUCAACGAAAACGUAGUGUCAUUACUGCAGUCCUCGCAAGAUCCAUUCGUGUGCCACAUAUGGAAGGACGCCGAGAUCGUAGGUAUGGCGCAGCAAGCGAUGACCGAUACCCAGUUCGGCGCGCGAACGAGAAAGGGUAUGUUCAGAACAGUUUCACAGUUGUACAAGGAGCAACUGACAAAACUGAUGGCCACACUCAGAAACACGAAUCCCAACUUCGUGAGAUGUAUAAUUCCUAACCACGAGAAAAAGGCGGGAAAGAUCGAAGCGCCCCUUGUAUUGGACCAGCUGCGUUGUAAUGGUGUACUCGAGGGUAUCAGGAUAUGCAGACAAGGCUUUCCCAAUAGGAUACCUUUCCAGGAGUUCAGGCAGCGGUACGAGUUGCUCACUCCCAAUAUCAUUCCGAAAGGUUUCAUGGACGGCAAGAAAGCUUGCGAGCAGAUGAUCGAGGCUUUGGAGCUCGACCACAACUUGUACAGAGUCGGGCAAUCGAAAAUCUUCUUCCGUGCCGGAGUACUCGCUCAUCUGGAAGAGGAGCGCGAUUACAAGAUCACGGAUCUGAUCGUCAACUUCCAGGCUUUCUGCCGCGGCUUCUUAGCGAGGAGAAACUACCAGAAACGGUUGCAGCAGCUCAACGCGAUCAGAAUCAUCCAGAGAAAUUGUGCUGCCUACUUGAAGUUGAGGAACUGGCAGUGGUGGAGGUUGUACAUUAAGGUGAAACCUCUGUUAGAAGUGACGAAACAGGAAGAGAAGUUGACGCAGAAAGAAGACGAGUUGCGACAGGUCCGCGAUCGGCUCGACGCGCAGGUGAAGCGCUGCCAGGAGUACGAGCACAAGUUCCAGCAGGCCAGCGCUGAGAAGACGCAGCUGGCUGAACAACUGCAGGCGGAAUUAGAAUUGUGCGCCGAAGCGGAAGAGAGUCGGGCUCGAGCGGCCGCUCGCAAGCAAGAGCUGGAGGAACUGCUGCAUGACCUGGAAGGAAGAAUUGAAGAGGAGGAAGAACGCUGCAACGCUCUGCAGCAGGACAAGAAGCGGCUGCAGAUCAACAUACAGGAUCUGGAAGAACAACUGGAAGAGGAAGAAGCGGCCCGACAGAAGCUGCAGCUGGAGCGCGUACAAUGCGACUCCAAGCUCAAGAAGCUGGAGGAAGACCUGGCGCUCAGCGAGGACACCAACCAGAAGCUGGUCAAAGAGAAAAAGAUCCUGGAGGAGCGAGCGAAUGAUCUGUCCCAAGCUUUGGCCGAAGAAGAGGAGAAGGCGAAACAUCUCAGCAAGCUCAAGGCUAAACAGGAAUCGGCCAUCGCUGAACUAGAAGAGAAACUACUCAAGGAUCACCAGUUACGCCAAGAAGCGGAUCGCGCCAAACGCAAACUGGAAACGGAACUACAGGAUGUACGCGAGCAACUGGCAGAGCGACGCGCUCAGUUAGACGAACUGCAUGUGGUGCUCGCCAAACGCGAAGAAGAGUUAGCCGCGGCUAUGAGUCGAGCGGACGAAGAAGGCGCCGCUCGUGCUUCCGCCUUAAAAUCCGCUCGCGAAGCAGCCGCCGCCUUAACUGAGGCUCAUGAGGAUCUGGAAGCGGAGCGCGCAGCCAGAACUAAAGCGGAGAAACUGAGGCGAGACCUCAACGAGGAACUGGAGGCGCUGAAGAGCGAACUGCUGGAUUCACUGGAUACUACUGCUGCUCAACAAGAGCUCCGUUCGAAGCGUGAACAAGAAGUGGCAGUAUUAAAGAGAAGUCUCGAAGAAGAAGCCGCUUCGCACGAAGCGACGCUCUCGGAACAACGGCACAAACACUCGCAAGAGUUGCAGCAACUCACCGAGCAACACGAGCAGAUCAAGAAGGCUAAAGCUGCGUUGGAGAAAGCCAAACAAGCGCUGGAAGCGGAGAAUGCUGACUUAGCGACCGAAUUGAAAAGCGCCGGCGCGGCCCGAGCCGAUGCCGAGAGGCGCAGGAAACAGGCCGACGCGCAGAUUCAAGAGCUGGUGUCUAAGUUGCAAGAGUUAGAACGAUCCAGAGCGGAGGUCCAAGAGAAAUGCGUUCGCUUACAAAGCGAGGCGGAACAAGCGCUGCAACAGCUCGAACAAGCGGAACUUAAAGCUUCUGCAGCCGUCAAGCAAGCUGCCACUAUUGGGGCUCAGCAUACUGAGGCACAGGCAUUGCUUGAAGAGGAGACGAAGCAGAAGCUAGCUUUGCAAACGAAGCUGCGCAACAUCGAGCAACAGCUUGAGCAGGCGCGGGAUCAGCUCGACGAAGACGACGAAGCUAAACGAAACCUCGAGAAACAGAUCGCAGCGUUGACUCAGCAAUGCGCUGAUGCUAAGAAGAAGGCGGAAGAGGAAGCGGAAGUAGCGGCAGCGCUGGAAGAGCAGCGGAAGAAGCUUACUAAAGACGUGGAGGCGCUGCAUCGACAGAUCGAUGAGCUGCAGCAGGCCAACGAUAAGCUUGACAAGAGUAAAAAGAAGAUCCAAGCAGAGUUGGAAGACACGAACAUUGAACUGGAAGCGCAACGUGCCAAAGUCAUGGAGCUCGAGAAGAAACAGAAGAGCUUCGAUAAGGUGGUGGCCGAAGAACGGGCGGUAGCGGAACGCUACGCGAAUGAGCGAGACGCGGCCGAGCGUGAGGCCAGAGACAAGGAGACCAGAGUGUUAUCACUCACUAGGGAACUGGAUCUGGCUGCUGAGAAGGUAUGAUUACAAUAUGAUUGGUAUUUAAAGUUUAUACAUUUCCAUUUUUUAUAGUCAAACUUUUAUUACAUCGCCACAUUUUUUAAUUGCAUUGUUACUGAAAAAUUCCGAUUAUGACAACAAGCAUCGGUGGUUGUAAGAAAGCUCGCUUGCUACGCGGACGGCCCGGGUUUGAUUCCAAGCCGAGCAAGGUUUUUUUUAAAUUAAUGAUUUUAAAAGUUUUCUUUGCAUCUUGAUUUCGUAAAACCACACCAACUUUUGACAUUGAUACAACAUAUUAAAGACAUGUUAAUAUGGGUACGUUUCUGCUGAAUAUGCUGUUUACCAAAGGCCGCCCGUACCGAGUACCUGCUGUAGUAUCUAAGAUUGAUCCUAAAUAAUUGUCGUAGAAUGUAUCACUAUUGUAUGUUUAAUUAUAUACACAUUUUUAUAUAUACAUAAUUAUUAUAUUCCCAUAAGAGACAGUAAUGAAUCGCUUUCGUAUAACUAUGUUACCGUUUAUUUAUUUAUUCAAUUUAAACAUGCAGGCUUACAGAAUAAUCCAACACGCCGGCAAGUCAUACAUACAAAAUAUUAACAAUCAUAGAAGGUAUUCAUUAAAUUCAAUAAAAUUAAGUAAAAGAGAUAAUCAAAUAAUAAUAAUUAUAACAACAAAAAUAAAACAGUAAUGCCAAUUAGUUAAAUAGUUAGGUAAUGUCAAAUAUCAAUGUCAAAUAGUACUUAAUAGAAACAAUAAUAAUAUAAUUAAAUCCGUAGGAAUAGACCUAUAUUAUGGAUUUAUCUAUGUUACUGCAACAUGUAUAUACUGUGACAAAUAUGAGUUCACCAUUGUAUUUAUUUGGUCGCUAAAACACGACCACUAUGGAUUUGCAUUUAACUUUUGCCGGCCGCAGCUCGCAUGUAUUUGGCCAGUAUAGCAUAAUAGAAAAAAACAUCAACGUCGAAUCAAAGUCAAAAUUUCGUUACUCAAAUAGGGUAUUUGACAGUAUUAA